AGAGCGGGGCGGCCCGGGCCUGUGAGGGCGCAGCUGCAGCCACCAGGUGCUGGCUGCCAGCUGGGAGCAUAGGGCACCGAGGUGGGGCACCUGUCUGGGACAGCAAGUAGCCCGUGGACUUUCCCCGAGUUUUGCUGGGUCAGCAGAGGACAGAGGGACAGGGUCCUCCGCGCAGGCGCAGAGCCAGGCCUCGCCUGCCCGGUCAGCCCCAGCUGCUGCUGAGGGACAGGACGGAGUUCCCGUGACCCCGUGGAAGGCCCGAGAAGGGACGCGGCGGAGCGCAGGUGGAGGCAGGGCUGCAGCCGCUCGCUCUACAGGAAGGGAAAUGAUAAGGGAAGUCCCAGCGCCCCAAGGCACCGUGGCUUGCUAGGCCAGGAACCUGAGACUGCUCACCGGGGACCUUCUCUGUCAGCCUCACUGCAGGCUGAGGUGAAGCGCCAGCAGCCCCUGGCCCAGGGCGAGCUCCCACCAUGGCCUUCCUCGUACACCUGCUGGUCUGCACCUUCGGGAUGGGCUCCUGGGUGGCCAUCAACGGGCUCUGGGUAGAGCUCCCCCUGCUGGUGACGGAGCUGCCCGAGGCCUGGAACCUGCCCUCCUACCUCACGGUGAUCAUCCAGCUGGCCAACAUCGGCCCCCUCCUCGUCACCCUGCUGCACCGCUUCCGGCCCGGCUGCCUCUCCGAGGUGCCCGUCAUCUUGGCCGUGCUGGGGCUGGGCACUGUCACCUGCGUCCUCAUGGCCUUCCUCUGGAACGUGACCUCCUGGGUGCAGGGCGGCCGGCACAGCGUCGCCUUCAUGGUCCUCACCUUCUGUCUGGCCCUGGUGGACUGCACCUCCUCCGUCACCUUCCUGCCCUUCAUGAGCCGGCUGCCCGCCUCCUACCUCACCACCUUCUUCGUGGGCGAAGGGCUCAGCGGCCUCCUGCCUGCACUGGUGGCGCUCGCCCAGGGCUCAGGUCUCACCGUCUGCGUCAAUGUCACGGACACACCAGGCCCAGGCACCUCAAGCCCUGUGACUGCCGGGAACAGCAGCAUCACACAGGGAGCCCACAGCACUUCUGCAUUGUCGUCCGCCCUGCCCACUGCCUCCCCGGGCCACCUGCAAAGCCGCUACCUCCCGGCCCGCUUCGCGCCCCUGCUCUUCUUCCUGCUGCUGGCCCUCAUGAUGGCCGGCUGCCUCGUCGCCUUCUUGCUCCUGCAGCGCCGGCCCCGGUGCCCCGAGACCUCCAUCGAGGAGCUCCUCAGCUCCGAGGUGACCCUGCACUCCAUCCGGCCGCGGGACGAGAAGGGCCGGGGCCCGCCAGGCCUGGCGGACAGCAGCAAAGGCCCAGGGCGCGGAGAGGAGCCGUGCAUCACGCCAUGGGCCGCUCAGCUGGGCUUCAUCUACGCGCUGGUGGCCUUCGUCAACGCCCUCACCAACAGCGUGCUGCCGGCCGUGCAGACCUACUCCUGCCUGAGCUACGGGACUGUCGCCUACCACCUGUCUGCCACGCUCAGCUCCAUGGCCAACCCACUCGCCUGCUUCCUCUCCAUGUUCCUGCCUAACAGGUCUCUGCUGUUCCUGGGGGUCCUUGCAGUGCUGGGCACCGGCUUUGGGGCCUACAACAUGGCCAUGGCAGUGAUGAGCCCCUGCCCCCUCAUGCAGGGCCACUGGGCGGGGGAAGUCCUCAUUGUGGUCUCGUGGGUGCUCUUCGCGGGCUGCCUCAGCUACGUCAAGGUGAUGUUGGGCGUGAUCCUGCGCGACCGCAGCCGCAGCGCCCUCUUGUGGUGCGGGGCGGCGGUGCAGCUGGGCUCGCUGCUCGGAGCGCUGCUCAUGUUCCCGCUGGUCAACGUCUUCGGGUUCUUCUCGUCCGCGGACUCCUGCAACCUACAGUGCUCCGCCUAGGCCGGCGCCGCCCCAGCACCCACACCCGGGGACUGUGCCCGAGGUCACAGAGCGGCGUUGGGGAACUGACGUCGAGGCAGCCUGUCUGCACCAUGACAUGGGCUGCAAUAAAGAGCACCCACCUCGUGGGCUUGGCAGGGGACAGACGGGGAAGCGCCCAGCGCGUGGCAAGUCUCCCUGACCCGGUGCCCCCCGGCCACACAGCAGCGGCAGUCAGCACCCCCUAGGCCGGCUGCAGGGCGGAGGGAGGGCACCACCCCGCUGCCUCCCUGAGCCUCACCGAGCAGCUCCUGCAGGGCCCUAACGGUGGGCUUCCCUGCACUCCCAUUCCCAAUGGGGAGGGACACCGGAUCCCGCCCACACCGCCAGCUCCUGGAGAGAGCUGUCCUGCUGCGAGACAGAGGGAUGGGCCCGGACACCCCCGCCCGCCGCAGUCUGGACACUGGGAACCCUGGAGGGGGAGAGGUGAUUGUCAUUUUGUUUUACUUUUUGAUUUGCUUUUUUUUAAAAUAAAGACAACCCCUGUUUUUAUACUCAGAAAAACCUUCAAAGAA